CUUCAUGUCUUAAUGAUCUUCUGGUCAUUUGUUGCUGGAGUUGUCACAUUUUACUGCUCAUUAGGACCUGAUUCUCUCUUACCAAAUAUAUUCUUCAUGAUAAAAUAUAAACCCAAGCAAUUAGGACUUCAAGAAUUAUUUCCUCAAGGUCAUAGCUGUGCUGUUUGUGAUAAAGUGAAAUGUAAGCGACAUAGGCCUUCUUUGCUACUUGAAAACUACCAGCCAUGGCUAGACCUGAAAAUUUCUUCCAAGGUUGAUGCAUCUCUCUCAGAGGUUCUUGAAUUAGUGUUGGAAAACUUUGUUUAUCCGUGGUACAGGGAUGUGACAGAUGAUGAGUCCUUUGUUGAUGAACUGAGAAUAACAUUACGAUUUUUUGCAUCUGUCUUAAUACGAAGAAUUCACAAGGUGGAUAUUCCAUCUAUUAUAACCAAGAAACUAUUAAAAGCAGCAAUGAAGCAUAUAGAGGUGAUAGUUAAAGCCAGACAGAAAGUAAAAAAUACAGAGUUUUUACAGCAAGCAGCUUUAGAAGAAUAUGGUCCAGAGCUUCAUGUGGCUUUAAGAAGUCGAAGAGAUGAAUUACAAUAUUUGAGGAAACUGACUGAAUUACUUUUUCCUUAUAUUUUGCCUCCUAAAGCAACAGACUGCAGGUCCCUGACCUUACUUAUAAGAGAGAUUCUCUCUGGUUCUGUGUUCCUUCCUUCUUUGGAUUUUCUAGCUGAUCCAGAUACUGUGAAUCAUUUGCUUAUCAUCUUCAUAGAUGACAGUCCACCUGAAAAAGCAACAGAACCACCUUCCCCUUUAGUUCCGUUCUUGCAGAAAUUUGCGGAACCUAGAAGUAAAAAACCAUCUGUAUUGAAGUUAGAAUUGAAGCAAAUCAGAGAACAGCAAGAUCUUUUAUUUCGUUUUAUGAACUUUCUGAAACAAGAAGGAGCCGUGCAUGUGUUGCAGUUUUGUCUGACUGUUGAGGAAUUUAAUGAUAGAAUUUUGCGACCAGAGUUAUCAAAUGAUGAAAUGCUAUCUCUUCAUGAAGAGUUGCAGAAGAUUUAUAAAACGUAUUGUCUGGAUGAAAGUAUUGACAAAAUUAGAUUUGAUCCCUUCAUUGUAGAAGAGAUUCAAAGAAUUGCUGAAGGCCCAUACAUAGAUGUUGUGAAACUUCAAACUAUGAGAUGUCUUUUUGAAGCCUAUGAGCAUGUUCUUUCUCUCUUGGAGAAUGUGUUUACCCCUAUGUUCUACCACAGUGAUGAGUAUUUCAGACAUCUUUUAAGAGGUGCAGAAUCACCAACACGCAAUUCAAAAUUCAACAGAGGUAGCCUAAGUUUGGAUGAUUUUCGAAGCACACAGAAAAGAGGAGAGUCAUUUGGAAUCAGCAGAAUAGGUAGCAAAAUUAAAGGAGUAUUCAAGAGUACCACAAUGGAGGGAGCUAUGUUGCCUAAUUAUGGUUUGGCUGAAGGUGAAGAUGACUUUAUUGAAGAAGGUAUUGUUGUAAUGGAAGAUGAUUCUCCAGUAGAAGCUGUGAGCACACCUAAUACUCCCCGAAAUCUUGCUGCAUGGAAAAUUAGCAUUCCAUAUGUAGACUUUUUUGAAGAUCCCUCCUCUGAAAGGAAGGAGAAAAAGGAGAGAAUUCCUGUGUUUUGUAUUGAUGUUGAAAGAAACGAUAGACGAGCCGUGUUCAUUCAAUUCACAGUUGGGCACGAGCCUGAACAUUGGUCUGUGUAUAGAAGAUAUCUUGAAUUCUAUGUACUUGAAUCAAAGCUAACAGAAUUUCAUGGCACAUUUCCUGAUGCCCAGCUUCCUUCCAAGAGGAUCAUUGGUCCCAAAAAUUAUGAAUUCUUAAAGUCAAAGAGAGAAGAGUUUCAGGAAUAUCUACAGAAACUUCUGCAGCAUCCAGAACUGAGUAACAGUCAACUGCUGGCAGACUUUCUUUCUCCUAAUGGUGGAGAAACACAGUUUCUUGAUAAGAUACUACCAGAUGUAAAUCUUGGAAAAAUUAUAAAGUCUGUUCCUGGAAAACUAAUGAAAGAGAAAGGUCAACAUUUGGAAACUUUCAUCAUGAAUUUCAUUAAUUCUUGUGAAUCUCCAAAGCCUAAACCAAGUAGACCAGAAUUGACCAUUCUCAGCCCUACUUCAGAAAACAACAAGAAGGUACUGCAUGUUACGCUAAGGAGCUAUUAAAUCUUGUAGCCAAGCCCAAAAUUGAUGUGGAAAGAGACUGUGUAGCUAUAAAGUGGUGGUCAUUGGUUGUUACUUUACUAGUCUGUCUUUGUUUUCUUACCAGUUUUGAAAAAUGCUUAGCUAUUGUCUCUACAGAUAUUGCCUUUCUCCUGUUCCUUCUCUUAUCUCCUCUGGAACACAGAUUCUUAUUCUGUUCUCUGAAUCUUUUAACCUUAUUCCCUAUUUUCUGUCUCCUUUAUUUCCACUAUUUUCUGGUAUAUCUAUUUUUUUCUGUUCUGUCUCCAGUUCUACCUCUUCAGUGAUAGCUAAUCUGCACAGAACCAAGGGGAGAGGAGGAAUAAGAAAAACUGAAGAAUAUAGUGACUAAAGUCUUUUGGCCCAUGUCAAUCUAUGUUUGUAGAUUGUGCUUUGUCUGUAUUAAUACAUAUUUUGCUUUCUUUAGUGUAUCCUUUACAUUUACCUUUAUUGAACACAAAAAUUCAGUAAAAGGUCAUGGUAGAGUAAAACAUGAUCAAGAGAAAAAAUUGAGAUGUGUACCUUAACUUUUUUCCUCUCUUCAAGCAUCUUGUCAAGUGAUUCUCAGAUCUGCUCAGUAAGAGCUCUGUUUUCCCAGA